AUGUUUCCAACAUGUCUGUGCAGUCGCUGCUUUGUGAAAGAAUUGCUGUUGCCAAAGAAUUGAUCAAGAGAGCAGAAGCCCUUUCCAAGUCCCAGAAAAGGAGAAUAGAAGGUGGGGCAAAACUAUGCAGCAAACUGAAGGCUGAGCUAAACUUCUUACACAAGGUGGAGGCAGGGAAGGUGGCCAUUAAAGAAUCCCAUCUGCAGAGUACAAACCUUACCCAUCUCCAGGCCAUUAUUCAGUCCGCAGAGAACCUGGAGGACGUUGUCAGCGUCCUCCAUGUCUUUGCUUAUGAGGACAGGUUUGGAGACAAGCAGACCUUGGUGGUGGAUGUUGUUGCAAACGGAGGUCACACGUGGGUGAAGGCCAUCGGCCGUAAGGCUGAGGCCCUGCAUAACAUCUGGCUGGGGAGAGGCCAGUAUGGUGACAAAAGCAUCAUUGAGCAGGCGGAGGACUUCCUGCAAGCAAGCCAUCAGCAGCCAGUGGAGUACAGCAAUCCCCACAUAAUCUUUGCCUUCUACAACAGCGUGUCCAGUCCUAUGGCAGAGCGGCUCAAGGAGAUGGGAAUAUCUGUGCGAGGAGACAUUGUUGCUGUGAACUCACUGGCAGAGCCGUCCACAGGAAACCAGCACCUUGGCGCCAGUGAAUCGGAUGAAGAAGGCCCUGAACUCCUGCAGGUGACCAGAGUAGACCGGGAGAAUUUAGUGGCCAGUGUUGCUUUUCCUACCCAGAUUAAAGUAAACGUGUGCAACAGGGUUAACUUGGACAUCACUACCUUAAUAACCUACGUCUCUGCUCUGAGCUAUGGUGGCUGCUACUUCAUCUUCAAAGAGAAAGUGCUGACGGAGCAAGCUGCUCAGGAAAGGAGGGAGAGAGUCCUGCCUCGGCUGGAGGAGUUCAUGGAGGGGAAGGAGCUGUUUGCCUGCGAAUCUGCUGUCAGAGAUUUUCAGUCCAUCUUGGAAACGCUGGGAGGACCUGGGGAGAAAGAACGAGCUGCAAUGCUUGUGAGAAGAAUUAAAGUGGUGCCAGAUCAGCCAUCUGACCGUGCCUUAGGACUAGUGGCUAGUUCAAAAAUCAACAGCCGUUCUCUAACCAUUUUUGGGACAGGAGACACUUUAAAAGCUAUCACCAUGACUGCAAAUAGUGGGUUUGUGAGGGCAGCAGCUAACCAAGGUGUCAGGUUCAGUGUUUUUGUCCAUCAGCCACGUGCAUUGACAGAAAGCAAAGAAUCUGUUGCCACACCUUUACCAAAGAGCUGCCCGCCUGGUAAUGGACUAUAAGUCAUUGAAUGAGUUAUUAGAAUGCUGCAGGGGAGGCAUUUGGAGAAACACAAGA